AUGACUCCAUUCAAGCUAGCACUAACGCUCGUGGUGUCUACGAUUCUGUUGGUUUCAGCACUUGCACAAUCCUCUCGUCCAAUUGCCCAAACAAAGUGUUUCUUUCAAAAAAGUUGCAUCGAAUGUCUCGACGCUGACAAAGAAUGUGCAUGGUGUACGGAUGAAAAUUACGAAAUGAGAAAGUCACGAUGCAUGACGAAACAUGAGCUAUUAGAAUCGAACUGCAACGCAUCCAAAAUCGAGACGAACGACAACUAUUCCUUUCUUCAAAUUACGCAAAAUGAACCGCAUCGGGAUUUUGAUGCUCAGAAGCUGGAAGCGAUACAAAUAUCGCCCCAGAAAAUGAAUCUACGUUUAGGCAAAUUGGCCGCAAAAACGAUCUCGUUUCAAUACAAACCUGCCAAAAACUACCCUUUGGAUAUGUACUACCUGAUGGAUCUUACAUGGUCGAUGCGAGACGAUAAAGCAACGCUCGAAAGCAUGGGUAGCCAGUUGGCACUAGCACUAGCUAACAUGACGGCCAACUAUCAGCUCGGAUUUGGCAGUUUCGCCGACAAACCGGCCGUACCGUUUAUUCAAUCCGAGCCACAUCGUCUCCAGAACCCAUGCUAUUCGGAAAAUGAUCAGUGUGAGCCAACGUACGGCUUUCGGCAUCGGUUGAGGAUCACACGUGACAUCGAUAGUUUUAUUAAGCAGGUGAAGGAAAGUAAUGUCACCGGUAAUGUGGAUAAUCUAGAGGCUGGUUUGGAUGCGCUAAUGCAAGUGCUGGUAUGCGAAAAACAAAUCGGAUGGGGCUCGAACACUCGCAAAAUUGUAAUAGUGGCGACGGACGGGUGGUUACACAUGGCUGGUGAUGGGCUGCUGGCGGGUAUCGUGGAAGAAAAUGACAAACAGUGCCAUUUGGACGAGGAUGGCAACUUUGUGGAUGUGCUAAAGUACGAUUAUCCAUCAUUGGAGCAAAUCUGGCGUGUUUUGCUACGCUCAAAAACGGCCGUGAUAUUUGCCGUCACCGAGGCCCAGGAAGCGUACUACCGACGACUGAGCGAACUAAUGCCAGAGUUCACAAGCGUGGGCCGGCUGCAGGAUGAUUCUUCCAACAUUAUUCAGCUGGUAGAUGAUGGAUAUCGAGAAUUUAUCAAACGGGUAGAGUUCACAGACAACUCGCCGGACUAUCUUCAAGUGCGUUACACCACUGACUGUGGAGGAAUGUAUCGCGAUCCACAACCGAUUCACCGAUGUGAUAAUAUUGAAAUUGGGACAGAAUAUAAAUUCAAUGUAGAGUUGCAGUUGCUCAAUUAUCCUAAAGACCCAUCGGUUACGAAUGUCACUGUUCGCAUUGAGGAGAAACUGAUCAGCAAUGAAGCUGUUGUACUAGAAAUCGAUUUACGGACCACCUGUGACUGUGAUAAAAACAAGAAACCAACGGAACUGAGUGAACUGUGCAACUUCAACGGGGAAUACGUGUGUGGACUGUGUCAGUGCUAUGUUGGAUGGAUAGGAAAAACGUGUGAGUGCAAUCUACAAAACUCUCAAAACCGACGAGAAUUGUUCGAGCAAUGUGUGGCACCUAGCGCCGGAGACGAGCUGCGUACCGGCCCGAUUUGUUCCGAUCGUGGAGAAUGCAUUUGCGGUCAAUGUUACUGUAAUCCCGGAUUCGAUGGUGAACAUUGCGAGUGUAACGAGUGUGCUACGAUUGAUGGUACGAUUUGUGGAGGUACAGAUCAUGGUAGCUGUACCUGUGGAACAUGCAGUUGCUUCGACUCAUGGACUGGUGACAAUUGCGAUUGCACGACGGACACAACUGGAUGUAAGGCACCAUCGAACGACGCACUGUGCUCUGGGCAAGGAGAGUGCACCUGUGGACGCUGCACUUGUGGCGAAUCCUUUUUUGGGCCAUUUUGUGAAACCAAGGAUGGCGAACAAUCGGCACUAUGCUCAUCAUACGAAGAUUGCAUACGUUGUGCAGUGUAUGGAAUAAAUAAUAUACCUUGCCAAGAUUUGGACAGAAAGUGCCGUGAAAAGAUUGGAUUGUACAAAGUAGAGCUGAUUGCUGCAACUUAUGACUUCCUAAAUUGCACCUUUAGAUUCAACGACGAAAAGAAUGUGUGCGACUACAAAUUCUCGUACUCACUCUCGACCAAUGGAGAAACAUUGCUAAAAGUACAGAACUUCCAAUGCAAAGAGAUUAACUUAAUUACAGCCGGGCUUAGUAUCGCUAUAUCGAUCAUUGUCGGUGGCAUAAUGCUGCUAUUGUGCUACAGAUGCAAACUAACGUACGAUGAUCGGAAAAUGUUUGCUAAAUUUGAAAAGGAAAGGGAACAAGAGACUAAAUAUCAGAUGGACAGUCCACUCUACAAAUCGCCAAUAACCGAAUUUAAAGUUCCCACCGAAAUGGAAACAAGCGUAUUGUAA